UGGAUUGUCAUUCAGCAGAGGAUUGAUGGCUCGCAGAGUUUCAACCUAAGUUGGAAUGAGUACAAGUCAGGAUUUGGAACUUACUACAAAAACUUCUGGUUGGGCUUGGAGAAGAUGCACCAAUUAACGACAUCGGCUGAUUACAGGUUGAAAUUUGAAGUGUUCAUCUGUGGUUCUUGGUACUCCGAUGAAUAUGAUCAUUUCAAGAUUAGUUCAAAGCUUGUAAAAUAUUCCCUUAAUGUUUCUGGAUACAGUGGGGAUAAGUUCGAUGUUUUGAACUACCACAACGGAAUGAAGUUCUCAACCCUAGAUCAGGAUAACGAUAUACAUAACAGCGGUAGUUGUUCUUCGAAUUGGUGUUCAGGAAAUUGGUUUCAUAAAUGUUACGACCAAAACAUAAACGGACUAUUUCGUAAAUCUGGAUUCAAUUAUAAUAAAGAACCUCUCACUUACUGUAGUAUGAUGAUCAAACGAAACGUGUAA